UUUAGUCGUCAAGGACAAGGCUAAGAAUAGAAGGAACAACAGCCGACGACCUUGUCCCACAGCUAAAGAGAAACAGCUGUUAAAUCUUAAAGCAAGUCAGAAUGGCUUUUAAUUGUUUGCUGUGCCAUAGCAAAAACGACUGGGAUAAAAAAGGACAUGAGUCUCUACCCCCAAAAUAUACCAGGAAUGAAAUUCGCAUCGUUCUUCUUGGCAAAUCAGGGAGUGGUAAGAGCUCUACUGGAAAUACAAUUCUUAAUAAUAAUGUUUUCCCUGCGGCUCCAACUGGAUCGUCUAUUACUUCGAACUGUUCCAUUAGAGGGGCAAACCUCUUUAAACGAGACAUACUUGUGGUUGAUACACCUGGCUUAUUCGACACAGGCAGUUCUAACGAUGACGUCCUGAAAGAGGUUCUCAAAUGUAUUGUAUUAACAUCACCUGGACCACAUUGCUUUCUUCUAGUGCUGUCCCUUCCGAGAUUUACCGAUGAAGAUGAAAAAACCAUUGAUCAUUUUGGUGAUUUCUUCGGAAACGAUGUAUAUCGUUAUAUUAUCAUUGUCUUCACGGGAAAGGACAAGUUGGAUCGUGAAAAAAUGUCAUUUGAAAAAUACCUUGACACAGUACCACAGCGUCUUAAAACAAUAAUUAAAAAGUGUAACAACCGCUGCAUUGCCGUCAACAACUUGGCAAACUGGUCAAAUCGAAAACAACAGGCUAAAUCAUUGAUCAAAAUGAUCGAUGACAAUAUUUCUGAAAAUAAUGGAGAAUUUUAUACUAACGAUAUGUAUUUACAUGCUGAAAAAAAUUUAAAGCAGAGGGAAGAAGAGAUCGAAAGAGAACGUACAGAAAAACGUGAUAAAGAGAUUGAAGAAAUAACACACCGAUACGCAGAAGAGAAAGAAAAGAGAGAGCAGGAAAUUCAACGCAUAAACAGCGAACUUAAUCAGCUCAAAGCUCCCCGCGAAAUAGCAAGGCAAGAAGUAGAGGGAGGCGGUGGUUUUUUCGAUGGGGUUGCUAACGUGUUAACAGAAGUAGGAAAACAGUCAGUUAACUUUUUACUGAAAAUAGACAGUUUUAAAUAGACCGUUGUACUCUUUUACAAGUAACAUUUUGCUUCAUAAGUGGAAUGUAACUACAUGUACGACGCAUACAUGUAUAUACAUCACGUUUAAGAAUUUGGAAUGUACAUGUAACAUAAAAAAUAUCAAUUCCAUCUUUAAGGAGCCUGUUUUGAUUGUGCACAUCUCUGCACAAAGUAGUACAUAUAAAUUAUAGUGCAUUAAUAAUUUUAAAGAUAAUUUUAUUUAUCAUUCCUAAAAUUGAAAAUAAAAAGUUAAAUACAGAUAAAAAUGUUUAGAUUUUUUUAGAGGAAAAUGUUUUGGAACGAUGAUUUCGUUGUUCGAUAGGUGAGAGUUGUCAUUGUCCUUUUAUGACGUCAUAAUAAAAUGAAGCUUUGUUGUAAUAUGUCAUAAGAAACAAUAUGGAAGAAAAAGUUUAAAGUGUAAGCCUUCGAAAUUUUAAAUAAAGACCAUGCUAUCUACAAACGAUUUUUUUAAAAACUUCAUAAUGAUUUUAUUAAACCAAUCGACAUUUGUUAUACUUCAAAUAUAUAGCAAUAUUUGGUGCAUUUUCAUAUUUUGAGAUGUCUCCAAUUUAAAGCAGAUGUUAGAAUCUUUUUAACACUAUACAUUGAAAAUUUCAUUAUUAAUCACAUAAUUAUACAUCUGAUUAUAAGUACUGAACAUAACAAUUCCCAGUAUAUUCAUACAGCUAGUAUACAUCGUUUAUCGUAGCUAGCAUCACCUAUAUAAUUUCUAAAUAUCACAUACUCACUUUUUUAUGUUUAUUUGUAGACAUAUAUCUAUAAAACUGCGAUACAGUAUUUUCAAAAACUAGUGAGUACAAGUCUUUAAUCCAUUGAUUGAUGUAAACAUGUUUAAAAGUUGUAAUAAAAUUGAAAAUUAUAUCUUUGUAUGAACAGUAUUGAAAAUACUAUUUGCUCUAAUCAUUUUAAAAAAAUGGCUUCCUUGUAAUAAUUGAUAUGAUAUUGAACCUUCAAAUUUAUUUCACCAUACAAAACAAAAUGCAUAUAAACCUGUG